AUGACACAAUCAUAUAUCCAAACAGUGUUCCGGCUUCUAAUUCUAUGUCUGCUAUCCGUGGGCGUAUCAACACAGGUCAGCUCACCAGUGACAAGUUACCUUCUAAAAGGAUGGGUCCCAAACGCCUGCACCCUGGUUGUAUGUGCACCCCAUAAGAGAGGCCUGGAAAAGGGAAAUGGGGAUCAAGUUCUCCUCGUGCCCUCUGGUGUGAUGGUCGGCGACAAAAUAUUCAAAACGGACGGCUCCACGGGCGACUACGAGACUGCAAAAAUCCUCUGCUCCCAGAUGGGCGCCACGAUUGCCUUGCCCAAGAAUGCUGCAGAGAACAAAGCGGUACAGCAAAUAGUGCAGUGGCAAAACAAGAAGGCUGUUCUAGGAGCCACCGACAGUGACAAAGAAGGCACGUUUAAAAAUGCAAGUGGCAAAAUAGUGACAUACUUCAACUGGGCACCGGGAGAACCAAAUAACCUUCAAAAUGAAGACUGCGUAGAAAUGCAUCCGGACGGCAAAUGGCACGAUCGACGUUGUGGACUGGAGUGGAUAAUCAUUUGUGAAUUCUAA